UUUUGCUGCUAGCUCUAAGCUUAAUCCCCAUUUUGUUUCCCAUCUGCUCGUGUCUUGCUGCCCCUUGAAGCCCAGAGGUUUACGGAUCUCGCAUCAUUUUGCAACAGAAAAACGAAGCAAAACCCCACCUCACCUACCGCAUCUAUGUUCCUUUUGCUUUCCUUCUUUCUAUCAUUUGUUUUUUCAAAUUUUAACUAUUGAGUGGGGAAGCCGGGACACUGGGGGAAGAUGUUAUGAGUAGGAGGGCACCAAGAUCGGCUCAGGCUCCAGUUCGUUCUUGAGAUUCCUGUGCUUUUCUCCUCCACUGUGGUCGCGUGAUGCCGGUUCCUGAUCCAAAAAAGCCGCCUCUUUGCUCACCAAACUGCAGUUAUAACAGCUCCUGAGUCCCGACUUGAAGUGCAUCAGCCGUUUCGCGGCAUCCACCAACACCCAGAUGCGGUUGCUGCUGGCAGCAGAGCUCUGCAACUCACUAGCGCUCUACUAGGCACCAGCUCUAUCCCGGCGAGGAUGGGUUCAUCAGGGUGCUCGGAGAUAGUCGAGAUGGCGGACGACCCCAAAGACUCCCGUCCGGGCGGGGGCGGCGUGACCCACCUGCGGGUGCGGGUGAAGCCGGCGGGGCAGGAGCACGGGGCGCGCUCCUGCUCCGUCGAGGACGACCUCGACCGGCUCCUCAGAUCCUUCAACGUGCGCACCUCCGCCCGGGCGUCCGGGCAGACCAGCACGGACCGGCGGCUCAUCGCGCUCGGGAAGGCGCCCAUGUCCAGCUCCGAGAUCAUGGAGUCCGUCAGCCUCAAGCAGGCGCUCCGGAAGAUGUGCAUCUCGCAGGCCUCCGAGAUGGCCGCCUUGAAGCGGAUCUCCAAGCCCGCGGCCGCGGCCGCUGUCUCGUCAUCCAACGCCUCUGAUUCCGGGGCCAUUAAGAAGCUUUACGAUUCCGUCGUCGUGGUUCACGCCAUCGGCGAGGAGCAAGAUGCGGAGGCUAAUAAGGUUGGCAAGGCCUCUGUUUUGCCUGAGAAGGCUGUGGUGAGUUCGUCCGUUGUGAAGUCAGCUGAACCAUCAAGCAAGAAGGUGGUGCCCCCCAGCAAGAGCUCGGCCAACAAGCAUUUGCGGUCAGCUUCUCCAACCAAGGCCAAGGUUCAGAAGACCAGAAUCCAAGAUGUGAUGGUGAGCGAAGAUCCGUCUGCAGGGAAAACCGUGGCGAAACAAAGGAAGGGGAAGUCCCCGAAAGCGUCUAGCCCGCGGGCUGUUCCGGUAGGCGGCUCGCGCCUGGUGAGGCCAGUGUUCCGCAGCAAGUCCUCCACCAAGAAGAAGGUUAAACCCGAACCAUCUGCAGCUGUGCCGGCCAUUAAGCAUUCUGAAGCAAAAGGUUCCAGUUCUCAUGCUAAUAAACUGCAAGAGGCCAUUCAGGAUGAACCCAGAACUCCGCCAACGACCAACAAGAAGGGUGCUGACAGCUCUUUCAGUGCCGAAGGAUAUGGUGUUAGUGGGAUCCCUGGUCCGCAGCCCGGUGACUUGUCAAGGUCGAAGGAAAAGGGUGAAAGCUCCCAAAGCUCGAAGAGCAGCAUUGGCGACUACAGCAAUAGCACCAGCACGAGCAUCAGCGAAGAUAGCUAUGGCAGUUUCAGUGCUAACGGAAGCAGGCCUCACAUGUCAAAAGAUGUGAGAUGGGGAGCCAUGAAGCGUGUAGCGAUUCAACAAGGGACCCUAGGGCUGAAGAACUUCAAGCUUCUCAAACAACUUGGCUGUGGGGAUAUUGGAACUGUUUAUCUAGCCGAGUUGGUGGGUUCGGACUGCAUGUUUGCAUUGAAGGUUAUGGACAUUGAGUACCUAAUAAGCAGAAAGAAGAUGCUGAGGGCUCAAACGGAGAGGGAGAUACUGCAGAUGCUUGACCACCCAUUUCUUCCUACUCUAUAUUCGUAUUUCACGACAGAUAAUCUGUCUUGCCUAGUCAUGGAGUAUUGUCCAGGAGGUGACCUGCAUGUCCUAAGGCAGAAGCAACCCACUAGGACCUUUUCAGAAGCCGCCGCUAGGUUUUAUGUGGCUGAAGUUCUUCUAGCGCUGGAGUAUCUGCAUAUGUUGGGGGUUAUAUAUCGCGAUCUGAAGCCUGAAAACAUACUUGUUCGUGAAGAUGGGCACAUCAUGCUCUCUGACUUUGAUCUGUCCCUGAGGUGCUCAGUUAGUCCAAUGCUCGUGAGGUGCUCAUCAGUAGGAAGAGAUGAGCCUCCUAGGCCUUCGGGGCCUUGUGCAGAAAGCUGCAUUGAUCCACUGUGUAUACAACCAUCCUGGGCCAAUUCUUCAUGCUUCACACCUCGGAUGGUACCUUCAACCCCUUCCAGAACACGGAGGCCCAGAGCCGAACCCCCGAAGAAACCAUCACUUCUGCAGCUUGUUGUGGAACCAACUGAUGCAAGGUCAAAUUCAUUUGUUGGGACCCAUGAAUACCUUGCCCCAGAGAUAAUCAGAGGAGAUGGCCAUGGCAGCUCGGUCGACUGGUGGACUCUUGGCAUCUUCCUAUAUGAACUGCUCUAUGGCAAGACACCAUUCAGGGGACCUGGCAAUGAUGAAACACUUACAAAUGUGGUCUCGCAGGGGCUGAAGUUCCCUGAUAGCCCAGCAGUCAGCUACCACGCUCGCGACCUGAUCAGAGGGUUGCUCGUGAAGGAACCAGAGCACCGGCUAGGCUCGAGGAAAGGAGCUGCUGAGAUCAAGCGACAUCCUUUCUUCCAAGGCCUGAACUGGGCCUUGAUCCGUUGGACUGCACCGCCCGAGACCCCGAAGAGCGUCGACACCUCAACCAUUGCGGCAGCGGUGGCACGGAAGAAGAAGGAAGGCAAGUGUCUUGAGUUCCGGAUGAAUGGGGACGACAUCGAGUUUGAGCUCUUUUAGUAGUGGCAGUAGUAGUAGAGGUAGUACUUUGUAUUCUGAUGAAGAACAUCCAUACCAUGGUAGCUAGUAGAAGGUAGUAGUUUCACACUCCCCCACUCCCCCCCCUGCAGUUUUUUCUGUUGAAAAUGAGCAUCUGUUGUCACCUGCCAAUGUUGGGAUGUAGUGUAUGGUCGGCUGUUGUGCCUGUAACUUUAUUCCUUGUUAAUACCAUCAGAUAUCAGAUCGGCA